AUGGCGUUGAUCGAGAGUAUGAAAAUAGUUGGUAUCCGAAGUUUUGGCCCGGAAAACCCGCAAAAAAUCGAUUUUUUCACUCCAGUUACAUUAAUUUUGGGGACCAAUGGAACGGGAAAAACGACUAUCAUCGAGUGCUUGAAGUAUGCCACUACAGGAGACCUUCCUCCCGGAUCCAAAGUUGGAUGUUCUUUCAUUCAUGAUCCUCGCGUGGCGGGUGAAGUGGAAGUCAAGGCCAAAGUGAUGCUUCAAAUUCGUGACGUCCGUGGAUGUAAAAUGACUGUUUCUCGAGCAAUGAGUGCUACACAACGUAAUAAGGCCAAACAGGGAACAUUGAAAACAUUGGACAGUUCAAUCAAACGAUACCUUCCUGAUGGUCGUGAAACCAGCAUCAGCUCAAAGUGUGCAGAAAUCGAUCGUGAAAUGGUAACCAGCCUGGGCGUAUCCAAAGCCGUAUUGGAAAAUGUGAUAUUCUGUCACCAAGAGGAUUCUAACUGGCCAUUGCAAGAAGCGAAAUCGGUCAAACAACGGUUUGACGAUUUGUUUGCUUCCUCGCGUUAUGUGAAGGCGUUGGACGCGAUGCGCAAGUGCAAACAGGAGAAAACCGUUACCUUGCAAAUCUAUAGAACGGACUUGAAACAUUUGAGCAAAAGCCGGGAUGAAGCGCAACGGGUAAAGACCUGCGAAUCGGAGAAAUCUCAUUUGGAAGAUGCGAUUGCAAAUCUGAUGAGCAAUAUAAACAACGAAUUUGAGGGGUUGCGCAGCCAGCACAUGCUCUAA